UGAGCGUACACGCUGUAGUCGUCCGGUAGCUGAAAGUUGCGCUUUGUUUAGGCGUCUAGCAGUCGCUGAUGAACCACCGCGGAGGGAAGAUGCAGAACGCAUCGCCGGUUUCGGCGCGCGUUUUUGCGGCUAUCCAGAAUGUCGACACUCGUGAGCUUGCUCAAUGCACCGAACGAGAAGUUCGACCUAUCCUGCCUUGUUUGGUUAGAAUGAGCCUUAUUGCACCUUUGGAUACUACCAAUGAGUGCGUUGAGACAAGAAAAGAGAUUCUUACUAUUCUAUCGGGAAUUGAAUCGGUUAAUUCUAUGGUGGCCUUGCUCUCCAUUGAUUUUCAUAGUUUGGAGACUGAUGUACGAAGGGAACAGCAGCUUAGGCAAAAGAAAGGUAAUGUACAAGGAGAUAGUAUAUUGGCACAAUCAUUACCAAGUGCACUUAUUCUGGACUUUGAACGAAGUGAUGCGAAUCGACGUAUUCGUUUAGUUCUGAGUGAAAUAUUAUUUAUAGCAUCACAGAUAGAAGAGUUGCAGAAGAAUCAGGAAUUUCAGAUUAAGCAAUCUGAUUUAUUCGAUAGCGUUGUGUAUAUGGAAGAAAUCAGUUACAUUAUUUGCAUUGCUUUAGCUGAAUUGCCUGAUUUACUGUCUAUUCCAACUAUUUGUGAGACACUUCUCCAUAUAAAACAUGGGCCAGAAAUUAUUUGCUGGAUUAUUGCUAAUAAUCCUGACAGUUUUAUGGAAGUUUGCUCCCAUUUAAUAGCCAAUGGGGAACGUCAAGAAGAAUCAGUUCUCACUAGUAUAAGAACUCAAACCUUAACAAUGUUGUGCCAAAUGAAUCCAAGUCAAGCACUUGUUAUUCGUGCUAAAUGUGUUGAACUUUGUAGAAUGCCAGCUUUGGCUAUAACUUUGAGCUUAGAAAACUCUAGUAUUAGUAGUUCGGUAUCAGAAAGUGAUAUAAUUGCUUUUGUUUCUGGUCUUUUAUUAGGCAGUGACAUUCAGGUAAGAUCAUGGUUUGCCAUGUUCAUAAGAAAUGGACAAAAGAGAAAAUAUGAAUCACAUACAGCUUUGCAAGCUCUCAGAGAUGAGCUUCUAAGAAGGUUGCAAGCCAUAACAUCGCACAGCACAGAUGGACAGCUGGCAGAGUGUAGAGUAGUUCAAGCAAGCACAUUAUUGAGAUUGUACUGUGCCCUUCGAGGAAUUGGUGGUAUCAAAUUCCAAGACGAGGAAAUUGUUAUGAUUGUCAAACUUUUGACAUCUCAUCCACCUCCUUCACCUGCAGGAGUUAGAUUUGUUUCUCUGGGAUUGUGCAUGCUUAUAGCUUGUCCAUCUUUGAUUGGUCAUCAUAAUCUUGAGAAACCUUGCAUUGAAUGGGUUCAGUGGCUCGUUCGCGAGGAAGCAUACUUUGAAAAUGCCAGCGGUGUCUCGGCUAGUUUCGGUGAAAUGUUGCUGCUUAUGGCUAUUCAUUUCCACAGUAACCAACUUUCGGCUAUUUGCGAACUCGUCUGCGCGACUCUUGGAAUGAAGAUUCCAAUAAGGCCGAACAAUUUGACGCGAAUGAAACAAAUAUUUAUGCAAGAUAUAUUUACCGAACAAGUCGUCACCUCUCAUGCUGUGAAAGUACCUGUUACAGCUAAUUUGAAUGCCAACAUUGCUGGUUUUUUACCUGUUCAUUGUAUUCACCAAUUGUUGAAAUCACGAGCUUUUGCUAAGCACAAAGUACCCAUUAAGAACUGGAUUUACAGACAGAUAUGUGCCAGUGUACCUCCAUUACAUCCAGUAUUACCAGCUUUGGUUGAAGUCUAUGUUAAUUCUAUUCUUGUAACGAGCAAUAAAGCUAUCGAGCAUACGAAUAAACCACUUACGGAAGAAGAUGUAAGACGAGUGUUUCAAAAGAGUGUAUUCGGCGCCAACUUUGACAAUAAAAGGAAAACGAUGCAUAUCACGGAACCCGAACCCGAAAGUGUAGAAAUCAUUGACAUUGUCAAACCAUCUUUAACUUCGCAACUUUUGCUGUUGUACUAUUUAUUAUUAUAUGAGGACGUAAGAUUAGCGAAUAUGCACAAUUUCAUAUCGCAGGGUCGCAAAGUUAAGGCAUAUUCUACAGAAUUUCUCUCCGAGCUUCCAAUCAAAUAUCUUCUGCAACAAGUACAAAGAGAUCAAAUGAGUUAUGCAGGAUUGUUUUCGCCUUUACUUAGACUGCUGGCGACACAUUUUCCGCAUCUAUCGCUCGUCGAUGACUGGCUCGAUGACGAGACUAUAAACUUUGACAUCGGCAACAAAAAUCAGGAGACAGUUGCUGUGAACGAAUCGACUAUCAAAGAAGCUUUCGAUCACAUUGAGAGUUGUCCUUCCAGGACCGGUAUGCUCCUCAGGCAAUUGUUGUCCAUGAAGCCAACUGAUAUCUGGCCUCAUGUUAAAACUAUCAUACAAUUUUUCAAAAAGAUUUUGGACGAGCGAGUGCCUAGAUACAUUCAAGAACUCUAUCAACAAGUAUGGCUAAGGCUAAAUACGGUUUUACCACGCUGCUUAUGGGUACUCUCGAUAAAUGCACUGUUUUUAGAAAAUUCGGCAGUUGCAACUGUCUUUCUUACGCAAGAAAACAUUGUAUUGGAUCCACUUCAAGUUCUACGCUGUGAUAUGAGAGUUUUUCGCUGCGCACCUGUUUUAUCUGUGAUACUUAGAAUUUUACAAGCAACAUUGGCAGCAUCUCGAUCACAGUUAACAAGGCAUAUGCAGGACAGACCUUUGACGGAAAAAGCUGGACAACUGACUAGCGAAGCGGAAAGAGAAGAACUCAAAACUGCACUUAUUGCAGGACAAGAAAGUGCUGCCGUACAGAUUUUGUUGGAGGCAUGCCUUGAGACGGAAGAUGACCGUACGAUCGCUGGCCAAAUGUGGUCUUUGAGAGAAAUAAGAAGUGUUAUUUGCUCGUAUCUACAUCAAGUAUUUAUUGCCGAUCCAUCUUUGGCCAAACUCGUUCACUUUCAGGGUUAUCCUCGGGAACUAAUACCGGUCACAGUGGCAGGAAUACCAUCCAUGCAUAUCUGUCUUGACUGGAUUCCCGAGCUCAUGCAGCAACCUGAGCUAGAUAAACAAGUGUUUGCCGUAGAUCUCGUUUCUCACUUAGCAGUUCAAUAUGCGUUACCCAAGGCCUUAGGCGUUUGUCGACUUGCUAUAAACACUUUGGGUACUCUAUUAGGAGCCCUUCCAUCGAGAGAUCGUGUCUGCUUAUUUAUGCCAAUCUUACCUGCUUUGACGAGGAUCAGUUUUGCCUUUCCACCACUUGUUGAUGGCGCCGUAGAUUUACUCGUUCAACUAGGUAGAGUUAGUUCAGCUCAAGCGGCUCUUGGUGAUAAGUCGGCUGAAAUUCUUUGUCAAGAAGUAAAUGCCACUUUCUCAUCUUUGUUACAAAAAGCUGUUUUACAGUCGAGCGUUUAUUAAGUUAAUUACAAAUUUUACACUCUGAGUAGCUUUCUUAAUUUUUCGUUGAAUCAACAUCUUCAAAAUGUCUUUUCAUCUUUAUAAUUUAGUUUUCUAAAAAGCUCCUUUGGAAUCUAUUCUACGAUUAUAAUCACAUCCAAAGAUGUUAUUUUAAUUAUUUACAAUGUUUUAUAGAUACUAUUGGAAUUGAAAUGAAAAAAAUUAUGAUUUUUUUAUAUAUAGAAGAUGGCGAAAUCAUGUACAUAUGACGUUUAGGUAUAAA